ACGGUUGAUAUAAUUGUGGGAAUGGUUGAGAUUUUUUUUUAAUCUACAUUAACUUUAGAUAAAUGCUAAACCCGUAAACAGAUGCGGUCAGUUGACAAAUCAGUUUUGACCGUCUCAACAAAAAAAGAAAAGGAUAAAAAGGAAUCUAUAAGCCUGGUUCGAAUCGUUAGUUUUCAGUCUACAUUAAAUUCUAAGGAAUCAAGGGAAUUGAUAAGCCUAAACCCUGAUAUCGAAUCGAGAUGACUGACCGUGUUAUACCGCAGUCUAGAUGUUCCCCUUUCACUAAUGGGACUGCUGACGUCACCAAAGAGAAGGAGCAGAAAGAAGAAGCUGUGCGACUCGGAGUUGAGCUCUCGCUCUGUAUGGCUGAAGCAAUGUUCAUAUUAUCCGAUGACAGACGUUCUAUGACGUACUUCUGUUUUUUUACAUUGUUUAAAACAAAGAUGGAUCGUCGUGGUCCCGCGGUAAGACGAUUGUACCGUGUUAUACAACUCGUGUAUGCAACAUAUAUCAAACCCAAGAAUCUCGUCUACAUUGACGGUGGAGAAUCCACUCAAUCAAAACUGAUGGGGACGUUCCGACAGGAUUUUGUUUCUGCCAUCAGAGGUUUGGCUCACAUUGUUUCCACUCUCGAAAUCGGUUGCCUAGUGAAACCGUCUGUUUUUGAACAAUACAACCGAGAGCUGAAGAAGCUAGAGGAGAAUCUGGGGUCUGUCAAGGAUGUUUCAGAGGCAAAUGGGUUUGCUAGGGAAGCAAUAGAGACUGAGAUUCUUCCCCUGUGGAAGUCUCUCUUUGAAACAAAUUCUGAAGUGAUAAAACUUGAUAAGACUAUUAAUAGUGAGCUGCUUAGGCCUCUCUUGAACGAAUUGAACAAGGAGGUUUGUGCUCGUAGUCUUGCUUCUUUAGCCAUCAAGCCAUGUAAAUGAAAUCAUAUACAAUGGUUUGAUGGUGUUAUUUUAUUGCAUAUUGUUAGAGUUUUCUUAUAAGUUUUGGAUGGUGUUUUUCGAUCGCGUAUUGUUAUUCCGACUUAUUUUAAUGAAAUCAUAACAAUCCGUUGUGGAUUAAAUAAAUGUGUGGCCAGUUUUGAGUAGAACAAGGUGGUUGUAUGGUUUAAAAAUGUGCAUCCUACUCCUUUGCAUGAUGUCAGUUUUAUGUUAAUUACAUCUUCUGCUAAACUCUAAAGUGGAUGAGACUACUGCGAUGGUAAUGUAUCAAAAUCACUUUUGUGGCAUACACCAAAGACCAAACUGUCACGCCAUGC